AUGAAUCCAGGCCCACCUAAUUACCCCAUGGCAUCUUUGUAUGUCGGGGACUUGCACUCCGAUAUUACUGAAGCCAUGUUGUUUGAGAAAUUUUCAACGGCUGGUCCCGUACUCUCUAUUCGAGUCUGUCGCGAUAUGAUCACGCGUAGAUCCCUAGGCUACGCUUAUGUGAAUUUUCAGCAACCUGCCGAUGCUGAAAGGGCACUUGACACUAUGAACUUCGAUAUGAUCAAAGGAAGACCUAUUAGAAUCAUGUGGUCCCAACGAGAUCCAUCUCUACGCAAAUCUGGAGUUGGGAAUGUUUUUAUUAAAAAUCUUGACAAGACAAUUGACAACAAGGCUAUGUAUGAUACUUUUUCAGCUUUUGGUAAUAUUUUAAGUUGUAAAGUGGCCCAAGACGAAACUGGUGCCUCAAAGGGUUAUGGAUUUGUUCACUUUGAAACUGAAGAAGCUGCCAAUAAAUCUAUUGAAAAAGUGAAUGGUAUGUUACUGAAUGGAAAGAAAGUGUACGUUGGCAGAUUUAUUCCUCGUAAGGAACGCGAAAAGGAACUUGGAGAGAAAGCUAAGUUGUUCACAAAUGUGUAUGUGAAAAACUUUGGUGAAGAUUUUUCGGAUGAAAUGCUCCGUGACAUGUUUGAAAAGUAUGGUAGAAUAACUAGCCACAAAGUAAUGUACAAGGAAGAUGGAUCCUCUAGAGGAUUUGGAUUUGUUGCAUUUGAAGAUCCUGAUGCAGCUGAACGUGCUUGCAUGGAACUUAAUGGAAAAGAGCUUGUUGAAGGCAAGCCAUUAUAUGUUGGACGUGCGCAAAAGAAAGCCGAGCGUCAAAAGGAGUUGAAACGUAAAUUUGAACAAUUAAAAUCUGAGCGUCUGACCCGCUACCAAGGUGUCAAUUUAUAUGUCAAAAAUCUAGAUGAUACUAUUGACGAUGAAAGACUUCGCAAAGAAUUUGCGCCUUUCGGGACAAUAACUUCAGCUAAGGUAAUGCUCGAAGAUGGUCGCAGUAAAGGUUUUGGGUUUGUAUGUUUCUCAUCACCGGAAGAAGCCACUAAAGCUGUGACAGAAAUGAAUGGACGCAUAGUUGGAACGAAACCACUAUAUGUCGCACUGGCCCAACGUAAAGAAGACCGCAAGGCUCAUUUGACAUCUCAAUAUAUGCAGCGAAUGGCAAGUAUGCGCAUGCAGCAAAUGGGUCAAAUAUUCCAGCCAGGUGGUGCUGGAGGGUAUUUCGUGCCUACUAUUCCACCGGCUCAACGCUUCUAUGGCCCAGCACAAAUGACCCAAAUAAGACCUUCCCCACGAUGGACAGCACAGCCUCCGGUAAGACCAAGCACUCAGACUGCAGCAUCUGGCUACCCCAACAUGCAGGCUCCAUUCCGUCCUGCACCCAGAGGCCCCACCCAAGCCGCCCUACGUACGUCUCUUGGGGCUAGACCUAUUACCGGUCAGCAGGGUGUAGCUACUGCUGCGUCUAUUCGAGCUCCGCUGGUCACUCAAAGUGGGCGCCCGGCAGGUUACAAAUAUACUGCGAACAUGCGUAAUCCUCCUGCACCUCAACCAGCUGUUCAUAUUCAAGGUCAAGAACCUUUAACCGCGACUAUGUUAGCUGCAGCACCACUUCAAGAGCAGAAGCAAAUGCUUGGUGAACGUCUUUUCCCAUUAAUUCAAAGAAUGCAUCCUGAUUUGGCGGGAAAAAUAACAGGAAUGCUACUAGAGAUUGACAAUUCGGAACUUCUUCAUAUGUUGGAGCAUGGAGAGUCUCUCAAAGCUAAAGUAGAUGAGGCAGUCGCUGUUUUGCAGGCUCACCAAGCUAAACAACAAGCUACUAAGAAAGAGUAAUAUUUUACAGUACUGGCAAAAGCAAGAGAAUUUUGCCAGAUUUAUUAUUAUUAAAUAACAAGAACCGUAAUUAUAGCAGUGUUCUUGGUAAUUUUUAUGCUUUUAAUAUUCUUCUUACAAAUAUAUAUGUAUAAUGGUCCCGAUUAUAAAAACACAAAAUAAAAAUUGAAAAAAGAAAAAGUAGAUUGCGUCUUCCCACAAGAACUAGUAAUGUAACAGAUAAAAUGGGAGAGCAUUCUACAAACAAAAA